AUGUGUGUUGACCCAUCCAAAGAAAUCCAUCCCAUGGCUGCCACGAAAUCCAAGCUGGAUAAUCUUAAUCUCAGUCAUCAGAGUCCUUUUGACGAAGAUGUUGCUAAUACUGUCUUGAGUUUUCUGAAUCGACUGAAAAAGCCAAUGUGCAUGAUUGCUCAUUACGGAUUCAAAUUUGACUUCCCAAUUCUCAAAUCGGAGAUUGCCAAUGUUGGAAUGGAUUUUUCUGAAGAUGUCUUCUGCGCGGAUUCUCUUCCAGUUUUCCGAACUUGCCAAAGACUCGCUCCAGGUGUCCCGUAUUCUUAUACUUUGGAGAACGUUUACAAACGGAUUUAUAACAAUCAACCCGAAUUAAUGCACGAGGCCGAGGCUGAUGUAAAAAUGCUGUUUUGGGCGGCUGCCGCGACUCCGAGACCGUUUUUAAAUGCAGUGGCCAAUACUGCUGUUCCAAUCGCCACCAUAAACAAGUGUUGGUGA